AUGUAUUUCCCUGAAUCACAAAACUGUCGAUUCCCCAACCCAGAUCAGAGAAUCACACAAUUCAAACAGGAGGAGACCAGAGGAGGAGACCAGAGGAGGGGACCAGAGGAGGAGACCAGAGGAGCGGACCAGAGGAGCGGACCAGAGGAGCGGACCAGAGGAGCGGACCAGAGGAGCGGACCAGAGGAGCGGACCAGAGGAGCGGACCAGAGGAGCGGACCAGAGGAGCGGACCAGAGGAGCGGACCAGAGGAGGGAGCGGACCAGAGGAGCGGACCAGAGGAGCGGACCAGAGGAGCGGACCAGAGGAGCGGACCAGAGGAGCGGACCAGAGGAGCGGACCAGAGGAGCGGACCAGAGGAGCGGACCAGAGGAGCGGACCAGAGGAGCGGACCAGAGGAGGAGACCAGAGGAGGAGACCAGAGGAGGAGACCAGAGGAGCGGACCAGUGGAGCGGACCAGAGGAGCGGACCAGAGGAGCGGACCAGAGGAGCGGACCAGAGGAGCGGACCAGAGGAGCGGACCAGAGGAGCGGACCAGAGGAGCGGACCAGAGGAGCGGACCAGAGGAGCGGACCAGAGGAGCGGACCAGAGGAGCGGACCAGAGGAGCGGACCAGAGGAGCGGACCAGAGGAGCGGACCAGAGGAGGGACCAGAGGAGCGGACCAGAGGAGCGGACCAGAGGAGCGGACCAGAGGAGCGGACCAGAGGAGCGGACCAGAGGAGCGGACCAGAGGAGCGGACCAGAGGAGCGGACCAGAGGAGCGGACCAGAGGAGCGGACCAGAGGAGCGGACCAGAGGAGCGGACCAGAGGAGCGGACCAGAGGAGGAGACCAGAGGAGGAGACCAGAGGAGGAGACCAGAGGAGCGGACCAGUGGAGCGGACCAGUGGAGCGGACCAGAGGAGCGGACCAGAGGAGCGGACCAGAGUAG